UAUUUUGUUAAUUUGUUAAUUCAUAGAAAUGAAAAACGAGUUCUUUUAAUUCAGUAUUUAGACAUUGUCCGACCUUAGGCUUGAAGCUCAUGUCGUUAGAAAGACGUAUAGGAAGCUAACACCUGUGUUAACUGAGCUCCAUAAAGCUCCGUUUACAAUGAAAACAACCAACAAUUACAAUUAAUUUGUAAUUUAUGCGUAAAAUGUGUUUAUACUUACGACAUUUCAAUGGACCCAGAAGACAGACUAGCCGAGCUUUUUUUAUGACUGUUUUAAAAGGUUUGGCAACUAAAGCGGGCAACAAGUUGGUGAUCACCUCAGUUGCCUUUCAAGACCACAUCACACGCAGCCUGCUGCAUCCAAAUUUCUCACUUUCUGACCCUUUGCUGAGAUGCAAAAGAAAAGUGCACAGAAAAAAAGUUGAGGAAAGGUAUCAUCAAACACAAGAUCUGCAAGAAGAGAGAGAAUAUGUGCUGGAUUCAGCUCCACCUCCUUUAACAUUAGCUCAGAAGUUGGGUUUGGUGGCCUUCCCUGCAGGGAGGCUGACAGAGGACGAGUGGACUCAGGUCAAGGCGAGGUCUGUUCAGCAGGGGGACUCAGCUCAGCCCUGUGCAAUAUGCAGGGAGGAGUUUUGCCUUCAGCCUCAGGUGCUGCUGUCUUGUUCUCAUGUUUUCCAUAGAGCAUGUUUACAAGCUUUUGAGCGGUUUUCUGGAAGAAAAUGCUGCCCGAUGUGCAGAAAAGAGCAGUAUGAGACACGGCUGAUCCACGAUGCAGCUCGCCUAUUCAGACACCAAUGUGCCACCAGAAUUCAAGCAUGCUGGCGAGGCUACAUUGCUCGAAAAAGUUACCGCAAAUUGAGGAAAACCAUCUGUCCGAAAGACAAACAGCUACGACGGAAAUUCUUUGAAGCAAAGUUGCAGGAGUUGAAUGACAGCUUUGUCCGAUACUGUCACACCGACACGGAGGCUUUUCUGAGUGAUAUCAACCGCUCCCUGUCAUCAAGCAGACGAGUGUUCCAGCAGCUGGAGAGAAAGCACGUCUCAGAACCUCAGGAGAGCGACUGGGACCGAAUACAGAGCCAGGUUAUCCAGAGAGGUGGUUUGGACUGCCCCAUCUGCCUGGCUGCAUUGUACAGCCCGAGCCCCAUAACAGAAGCAGGUACAUCCAGCAAUCAACAACACAGAUGCACCGUUCUUCUGUCCUGUUCCCACCUCUUCCAUCAGAUCUGUCUAGAGUCCUUUGAGGCCUUUUCUAUAGAGAGCAGACCAUCCUGUCCUCUGUGCAGAUCUGUCUACCAUAAAAAACUAAUCUAAGCAGAUACAAAUGUAUGCAUGAUAGCUUUUUCAGAUGAUCUCAUGUAAUAUUUAGAACCAUGGAUCAUAAUACCACUUUUUCAUGACUGCUACCGAUACAUUAAAUGGCAUCAUUGAUGCAUUAAAUGGGCUAUGGAAACGCCUCUGCAGAAUAAGUUUUGACAAAGGCAAUAUUUAACUUGCAUGAAUGAUAAGCCUUUUCCACUGUUGGUAUCUUCUCAGCUAAUAUAAUAAUGUGUUCAUCUCCAGACGGCAUGACCAAGCAUGGCCAAUACCGGGUGACAUGAAAGAACAAUUCAAAAUUAGAGUAGAUGGGUUUGUUUCCAGUUCACGACUUCUACUUCUUCUACUUUCUUUCUAGCAUUUCACAGCUAUCCAUAGAUGAUUGUGCCAACUUCUGAUGAAAUCACACUGUCAUCUAGUUUAUUUGCUUCAAACCAAUAAAUGUAGAGGCACCUAAUUCACAUUUCUUUUUUGCAUCAUUUUAAAAAUUAAUUUGACAAUUGAAUGGAAACAUGGAUGAUGUU